UCUGCGCAUGCGCACUAUUAAGCCUCUAAACGAAAGCGAAAGAAUAGUUCGACAGCGGACUACAGGCUAUAACACCACCGUAAGUAAAUUACAGAGAAACAGAUCAGAAUCACCAACACACAGCUGUAUCUCCAUGAUGGGUGAUCAGUCUAUGGAUCAUCCUCCUGAGUUUAAAGAUGGAGACUCAUCACUUCUACACAGUAAACUCCAGAGAAAGAGAUCAGAAUCACCAACACACAGCUGUAUCUCCAUGAAGAGUGAUGGGUCUAUGGAUGUUCCUAUGAGGUUUAAAGAUGGAGACUCAUCACUUCUACACAGUAAACUCCAGGGAAAGAGAUCAGAAUCACCAACACACAGUUGUAGCUCCAUGAAGAGUCAUGAGCCUAUGGAUCAUCAUCUGGAGGUUAAAGCUGUAGACUCCUCACUUCUACACAGGUACGACCCAGAAUCUGCUGGUGGAAAUGAAUUCCAGAAAAAGUUCAAAUUAAAUCUGAUGAAGAAGUUUCAGUGUUUGAAUGGAGUGAUAAUAAACCUGGGAACCCAAACACUCCUGAAUGAGAUCUACACAGAGCUCUACAUCACAGAGGGAGACAGUGGACAAGUCAAUAAUGAACAUGAGGUGAGACAGAUGGAGGCAGCAUCCAGGAGAAGAACAACAGAGGAAACACCAAUCAAAUGCAAUGACAUCUUUAAGCCUUUAUCUGAACAAGACGAACCCAUCAGAACUGUGCUGACAGAUACAUCAUCUGAACAAGACAAACCCAUCAGAACUGUGCUGACAAAUACAUCAUCUGAACAAGACAAACCCAUCAGAACUGUGCUGACAAAUACAUCAUCUAAACAAGACAAACCCAUCAGAACUGUGCUGACAAAGGGAGUCGCUGGCAUCGGAAAAACCGUCUCUGUGCAGAAGUUCAUUGUGGACUGGGCUGAAGGGAAAGUAAAUCAGGACGUCCACCUCAUAUUUCCACUUCCUUUCAGAGAGCUGAACUUGAUGAAGGACCAGAAACUGAGCCUGAUGGAGCUCCUUCAUGUCUUUUUUAAGGAAACAAAAGAAACAGAAAUGUCCAGUGUGGAAAAGGUUCUGUUCAUUUUUGACGGAUUGGACGAGUGUCGUUUUCCUCUAGAUUUCCAGAACACAGUGAGAGUGUGUGAUGUAACUGAACCAGCAUCAGUGCCUGUGCUGCUGAUAAACCUGAUCAAAGGGAAUCUGCUUCCCUCUGCUCUCAUCUGGAUCACCUCCAGACCUGCAGCAGCUGAUCAAAUCCCCUCUGAGUGUGUGGAUCGAGUCACAGAGGUACGAGGGUUCAAUGACCCACAGAAGGAGGAGUACUUCAGGAAGAGGAUCAGUGAUCAGAGCCUGGCCAAUAACAUCAUCACACACCUGAAGUCAUUAAGAAGCCUCUACAUCAUGUGUCACAUCCCAGUCUUCUGCUGGAUUACAGCCACUGUUCUAGAGAGAAUGUUGGGUGAAGCAGAGAGUGGAGAGAUCCCCAAGACUCUGACUCAAAUGUACACACACUUCCUCAUCAUUCAGACAAACAUCAUCAGAGAAAAAUACUCAAAGAAGCAGGAGAGUGAUGAAGAAAUGCUUCUUAAACUGGGACAACUGGCUUUUCAGCAGCUGAAGAAAGGGAACCUGAUCUUCUAUGAUGAAGACCUGAGAGAGUGUGGUAUUGAUGUGACAGAAGCAGCAGUGUACUCAGGUGUGUGUACUCAGAUAUUCAGAGAGGAGUUUGGGCUUCACCACAGUAAAGUGUACUGCUUUGUUCAUCUGAGCAUUCAGGAGCAUCUCGCAGCUCUGUAUGUGCACCUGACCUUCAUGAAGGAGAAGAGAAAUGUUCUUAAACAGAAUCAGGGUUAUAACAGGAAGAUGGACGAAAACACAAUCUCAGAUGUACACAACAGUGCUGUAGCUCAGACUUUAGAAAGUCAGACUGGACAUCUGGAUCUUUUCCUUCGCUUUCUUCUGGGUCUCUCACUGGAGUCCAAUCAGAAACUCUUACAUGUUUUAGUACCACAGACAGGAAGUAACCCUCAGAGCACACAGGAAACAGUUCAGUACAUUAAGAAGAAGAUCAGUCACAAUCUUCCUACAGAGAAAUCCAUCACUCUGUUCCACUGUCUGAAUGAACUGGGUGAUGAUUCUCUAGUGGAGGAAAUCCAACACUACCUGAAAUCUGGAAAACAAAGUGAACUUUCUCCUUCACAGCUUUCUGCUCUGGUGUUUGUGUUACUGACAUCAGCACAGGAGCUGGAUGAGUUUGACCAGAGUAAAUAUUUCAGUACAGAUAAGAUAACAGAAGAUGUUGUUCUGAAGAUGAUGCCUGUGAUUACAGCAUCCAGUAAAGCAAUUAUCAGCUGUUAUUCACUUGGAGUAAAAAGUUGGUCAUCUCUGGUCUCAGCGCUCAGAUCAGAAACCUCCAAACUGAGAGAACUUCAUCUGACUGUGAAAACACUGGAUCUGUCCUAUUAUAAUCUAGGAGACUCAGAAGUGAAGAAUCUCUGUGCUGGACUGGAGAAUCCUCACUGUAAAGUGGAGACACUGAGGUUGUAUAGGUGUGGUGUCUCAGAUGAAGGCUGUGCUGCUCUGACUUCAGCUCUGAGAUCAAACCCCUCACACCUGAGAGAACUGGAUCUGUCCUGUAAUAAACUAGGAGACUCAGUAAAGAAGCUGCUGUCUGAUCUUAAGGAUGAUGAACAUUACAAACUACAGACAGUGAGGUGAGUAAUGAGCUGUUAAUAAAAGUUUACCCUCAUUAUCAUUACACAUUGAUACACAUCACAUUUCUCUUCAAUAACUUUCACAUUAUCAGGUUAGAAAAUGUCACUAUAUUCUGUUUAAUCAGGAUUUUUCUAACGAUUCUCUUUAAUGCUGUUUUGUGUUCAGUAAAGUGUGUUGAUGUAAAAUUCAUGUGAAGGCAGAAAACAGGGAUUCAGACAGUCUACAAAAAGUCACCAAUGAGUUGAUGAGAGUGAUUGUUAAUGAACAUUGUGUCUUCUGUCAUUCCUGUAAAAUUCACCUGAGUUUGUUCUUAAAGUCUGCACUUAAAUAUAAAUGUAGAACAAGAUCUAAAUGACACAGUAGUGUUUGUUAUAUAAAAAAGCUCCUGUGAUUGGAUAAGAGCAGUGAUGUGAUGGGUAAAGAUCUGCUCAUUAUCCUGUUAGAACUUGUGGAAGUUCUCAUUUGUUCUAGUUAAAUGUUAGAACACAGAUGUUAGUAAGAAUGAAGAAAUGUUGAAUGAUUCAUUAUAAACAGGAGAUGAUGUUUCUGUUGGAGCAGAGAUGAUUACAUGCUGUUGGUCAUGAAGUACCACAGUCCACUUUGUGCUGAUUAAUUCACAUCUUUUUCUUUCAUAUUCAGCUUCUAAUGAAUAUCUGUGUGUGAUGAAGACUCCAGUGUUCCUGCAUUACCAUGAUGGAGAAUAGAGAACAUGUUUAUUAACACAUCACUCAUUUAGUUCUAACACAUUAAACACACACAGAGACGUGAGAAGUGUGUGUUCAUCGUGUACAGUGAAUCAGACUAAACACAAUUCUACACUGAGUUUAUAAUGACCUCUGAUCCCUGGAUAAAAUUCCCUGGACCUCAAUCCCAUAAAAACCUGAGGGAUUAUUUGUAACAGCAGGUGAAAAUCCACAUGAACUCGAGCUGAACCCUGUUCAUUUUACUGUUU